UGUCAGUUGUCUGUGGUGAUGCCAAUUCUUGAGAAUUUAUAUUCUUGAAUCUCGAUGAAAUUAAUUUACAAUAAAUUAUCUAUAAUAAUAUGUAAUUUGUAGUUAUACUAUUAAAAUUGUAAGUACACGCAGAAUGAGUAACGAAAUCAGCAAAAAACGUAAAAUAAACGAACAUAACGGUAGCGAAUCGUCAGCCUCAGCAGUAAAAUUUGCUAGGACUCCUCAAAUACAGUGUCCUUAUCUGGACACAAUCAAUCGUCAUGUGUUGGAUUUUGAUUUUGAAAAGUUAUGUUCUGUUUCUCUAACAAGAAUAAAUGUUUAUGCUUGCUUGGUGUGUGGAAAAUACUUUCAGGGUCGAGGAACUAAUACCCAUGCAUAUACUCAUUCUGUCUCAGAGAGCCAUCAUGUCUUUCUUAACCUGCUGACAUUGAAAUUCUAUUGUUUGCCUGAUAAUUAUGAAGUUAUUGAUUCUUCACUAAAUGACAUCAAAUAUGUUCUUAACCCCAUCUUCACACCGGAACAAAUUAAGCAGUUAGAUGAAAAUACUAAGAUGUCAAGAGCCAUAGAUGGAACCAUGUACAUGCCAGGUAUUGUUGGACUUAACAAUAUCAAGGCUAAUGAUUACUGCAAUGUCAUUUUACAAUGUUUAUCUCAAGUGAGGCCCCUUCGUAACUAUUUCUUACGCGAAGAGAACUACGCCCAAGUGAAAAGACCACCGGGAGAUUCUUCUUUCUUGUUAGUGCAAAGAUUUGGGGAGCUCAUCCGGAAGCUGUGGAACCCUCGAGCGUUCAAAGCACAUGUGUCUCCACAUGAGAUGCUGCAAGCGGUCGUGCUGUGGUCCAAGAAACGGUUUCAAUUCAUUAAACAGAAUGACCCAAUUGACUUCAUGUCAUGGUUCCUGAAUUCCCUUCACUUAGCUCUGAAUGGUACUAAAAAGCCUAACAGCUCCAUAAUAUACAAAUCUUUUCUUGGACAUAUGAGGAUAUACACAAGAAAGUUACCGCCACCAGAUGCGGACGACGCGGCUAAAGUAGAUUUGAGCAGUGAAGAGUACAAUGAAAUGAUAACCGAGUCGCCGUUCCUAUACUUGACUUGCGAUUUACCCCCAACUCCUCUGUUUACUGAUGAAUUCAGGGAAAAUAUUAUCCCCCAGGUAAAUCUAUAUCAACUUCUAUCAAAGUUCAACGGCCAGACAUCAAAAGAAUACAAAACCUACAAAGAGAACUUUCUGAAAAGGUUCGAAAUUACGCAGUUGCCGCCAUAUUUAAUUUUGUAUAUCAAGCGGUUUACAAAGAAUACAUUCUUUGUUGAGAAAAAUCCCACAGUAGUAAACUUUCCAGUCAAGAAUGUAGAUUUUGGUGACAUCCUCACACCAGAAAUUAAAGCAAAGCACAACGGAAAGACAACAUACGAGCUAGUCGGAAACAUAGUUCACGACGGAACUCCAGAGAAGGGCACAUACAGAGCCCAUGUGUUACAUACACCCACACAACAAUGGUAUGAAAUGCAAGAUCUACACGUUACAAGUAUUCUACCACAGAUGAUUACCCUAACAGAAGCUUACAUACAAAUUUAUGAAUUAAAGCAGGACUGAUGUUAAUUUAAAUAAAAUAAAUUGCUACACAUUAUAUGUUUUAAUUCACAACAUACAAAUUUUCAAAGGGAUCUCCCUAUUAAUAUUAAUAAAAAUUUCUCUAACACCCAGUACAUUUUCAAUGAAUAAUUGUCGUAAAUUUGAAAUGUAGGAAAAUAAUAUAUUAACUUCACUUUAUGACAUUGAAUAUUUUGUUAUAUAUUACAGUUAAUACAGAUUAACAUAUAUUAUGUUGUACAUAAAUUAUUCUAAACACAUAUUAUGACAUAGAUCACUUAGCCUUAAAUAUUAACCUACCACACAUGUAGUAGUCUUUCACUUUGUUUUGCAACAUGCUGUCAUAGUUCUUUGGAUAGUGGAAGUUGUGAUUAAAGAAAAUGUUAUAAUCUACAAAUUAAAUCAAUAUUUCCAUGUUUAGAUUUUAUAACAAAAGUCAAGCUAUAGUGUGCCACAAAAGAGUAGAAAAUAAUAAGGAUGCUGUAGUCACUUAUUGUCACUCAUAGAGGGUAACCCUGUAUUAGUGGAUGACACCACUUGGGAUUGCAACUACUUUGAUACUUGAUAGUGAUUGAUAUGUUAACUAUAUGUAGAUAAAAUUAUGUUCUCAUUUUAAAUAUUAUGAUCUGUUGAAAAUAAUAAUAUUAUGAUCUUCAUCUGGUAAUUAUGGGAAUUUCCACUAUGGUUCAAAUAAUCUGAUAAAACUAUCAAUAAUAAUUGGUUGCUCUAUAAUGACAGAUCUUUGUUAUAAAUACAGUAAAUGUGUUGCCACACAGCGAGUUUAUUAGUUCUAUUUUUAUUGACUUCUACUCUUUCAUGUUGCACUGUAUAUAAAAAUCAA